CCUUUGGGGUCUUGAGUAUAGGCCAAAAUGGCGCCCGAUGUUCGACUGUACAUAGCUGACUUCUCGUGUUGACUUAGUUUUUUUCUGGUCACUUCUGUGUUCUACCCGCGCCUUUCGGAGCUAAUUCUUCACCAGGAAGUACGGAAUACUCGUAGCUGUGCCGUUUCAGGAGUUAUUUUGAGGAACAUCGCCGUAAAAACCCGCGAGGAAGGAACGAUGGGCGAGCCGACCAGUAACGUGAAAGUUGCGGUCCGGGUUCGUCCUAUGAACAGACGAGAGCUGGGGUUGGCGACGAAGUGCGUUGUUGAUAUGGAGGGCAAUCAGACGAUCCUAGGACACCCCACUACCAAACCAGGAGAGAGGAAACCACCCAAGACGUUUGCGUUCGACCAUUGCUUCUGGUCCAUGGACGAAACAAAUACAGAGAAAUUCUCAAGCCAGGAAACUGUGUUCAAGUGUGUGGGUGCAGACAUCUUGGAAAAUGCCUUCCAGGGAUACAACGCUUGUAUAUUUGCCUACGGACAAACAGGUUCGGGCAAGUCCUACACCAUGAUGGGGACUGCGGACAAUGGCGGGCUCAUCCCGCGCCUCUGCAUUUCGCUGUUCGAAAGUAUCAUGUCCAAGUCCAACGAGAUCCUCUCCUUCAAAGUCGAGGUCUCCUACAUGGAAAUUUACAACGAGAAAGUUCGAGAUCUAUUGGAUCCUGGAACAACAAAACACAACCUGAAAGUUCGAGAACACAAAAUCCUCGGUCCCUACGUGGACGGUUUACAGAUUCUAGCUGUCACAAAAUAUGAGGACAUAGAAAAGCUGAUGAAUGAAGGGAACAAGUCUCGUACAGUGGCAGCCACCAGUAUGAAUGAGGAGAGCAGUAGGUCGCACGCUGUCUUCAACAUCAUUGUCACACAGACACUCAAGGACCUCGCCAGUGGGGUGACAGGUGAGAAAGUGAGUAAGGUGAGCCUGGUGGAUCUGGCGGGAAGUGAGAGGGCUGCUAAGACUGGUGCAGCCGGAGAGAGACUCAAGGAGGGGUCCAACAUCAACAAAUCACUCAGCACCCUGGGGCUGGUUAUCUCCACCCUGGCAGACCAGUCAGCAGGGAAGGGUCAUAAAAACAAGUUUGUACCCUACAGGGACUCUGUCCUCACAUGGCUACUUAAGGACAACCUAGGUGGAAACAGUAAGACAGCCAUGAUUGCUACCAUCAGCCCUGCCUUAGACAACUAUGAGGAGACUCUCUCUACUCUCAGAUAUGCUGACAGGGCAAAGAGGAUCGUUAAUCAUGCUGUCAUCAACGAGGAUCCUAAUGCUAGGAUAAUCCGAGAACUUCGGGAAGAAGUUGACAAAUUAAAGGUGCAACUGACUGAGGCAGAGAGUCUUAAGGCUCCUGACUUGAAGGAACGUCUUGUCGAGUCUGAGAAGUUGAUGAAGGACAUGACGACAACUUGGGAGGAGAAACUUGCUAAAACUGAGAAACUGCACCAAGAGAGACAGCAGGCCCUAGAGAAGAUGGGCAUCUCUGUGCAGACAUCUGGGAUUAAGGUAGAGCAGGACAAGAACUUCCUGGUCAACCUGAACGCUGACCCCUCGCUCAACGAACUGCUGGUCUACUAUCUUAAGGAUCACACCCUAGUGGGCCGUCCCGAUGCCCCCACCCCUCAGGACAUCCAGCUGAGCGGUCUGGGGAUCCAGCCGGAACACUGCAUUAUCGACCUGGAGGGGGAGGACGUCUAUAUCACCCCCAUGCCUGAAGCAAGAUGCUGUGUGAACGGUGACUGUGUGACUCAGAAGACGUUACUAAGAAACGGGAACAGGAUCUUCCUUGGGAACCACCACUUCUUCCGUAUCAACUGUCCCAGAUCGGGAGUUGGCUCUGUGGCCUCCACCCCUGAUGUUGAGGUGUCCCGUGCUGACUAUGACUUCGCCCAGAAUGAAGUCAUGAUGGUGGAACUCAUGAAUGACCCCAUCCAGAAUGCCAUGAAGUCCCUGGAGUCCCAGCAUGAGAAAGAUAAGGAAGGAGCACUGGAGAAGCAGCGGGAGAUGUAUGAGAAGAAGCUGGAGGUUCUCCGGCAGCAGCUCAGCUCCCCGGUACAGAACAAGCAGACGGUGGAGUCCUUCGGUGGGCUGUCCCACGGGGUCAGUAACCCCAACCUGCACCCCAGGUACACACAGUGGGUGGAGGAGAGAGAUGAAUUGUUCAGACAAGGCCUAGCCAAGCUGCGUGAGGAGAUUGUAAAAGCCAACGCGCUGGUGCGGGAAGCAAACUCCCUAGCCCAGGAGCUGGAGAAGAUGACAGAGUUCCAUGUGACGUUACAGAUCCCUGCAUCCAACCUCAGUCCCAACAGAAAGAGGGGCAUCAUUAUCAGUGAGCCAGCCAUCCAGGUGAAGAGGAAAGGGCGGAGCACGCAGGUGUGGUCCAUGGAGAAACUGGAGAACAGAAUCAUCGACAUGAGAGACUACUAUCAGGAGGUCAUGGAACAGGGCAGGGAGAUCCAGGACAUGGAAGACAGAGAAGACCCGUUCUAUGAGUCCCAAGAAAACCAUAACCUGAUUGGUGUAGCUAACGUGUUCCUGGAGUGCCUGUACCACGACAUCAGGUUUGAGUAUGCUGUGCCUAUCAUCAGCCAACAGGGAGAGGCCUCAGGAAGACUGCAUGUCGAGGUGGUUAAAGUUGCAGGCACCAUCCCAGACCGGCUCCAGGCAGACGCUCGCUCUGAUGGAAGCUCCAGCGAAAGUCACAGCAGCUUCGAAAUCAUCGAUCAAGAAGGAGAGGGGGCCCCGCUGGGUGGUCCACUGACAUUCAGGUUGAAGAUUCUUGAGGCCACCGACCUCCCUCCAUCGUUGUCACACUUUGUGUUCUGUCAGUACACAUUCUGGGGCCACCCCUCGUCUGUAGUGGUACCUCCCGUCAUCAACCCGGAGCUACCGUCCUACCGAUCUGUUAAAGGCACCACCAUGAGGUUUGAACACUCCAGGGAGUUCACAGUAAAUGUUACAGAAGAGUUCAUGGACUUCCUAGAGAACGGUGCGUGGUCAAUAGAAGUGUGGGGACACAGGAGUGCAGGGUUCGACUCUACCAAGCCUGGCUGGGAGGUGGACCAUGUCUCACAGAAGGCAAAGUCUCUCAGUGACAGAUGGGGAGAGCUGAUCAGGAAGAUCGAGCUGUGGGUGGAGAUCCAGGAGCUGAACGAACAGGGGGAGUACACACCUGUAGAGCUACAGGUGAAACCAGAGGUGCUGACAGGUGGAGUCUUCCAACUCAGACAGGGUCAUUCCAGACGAAUCCAAGUAAAGGUAAAACCAGUCCACAACUCAGGCACCCUCCCCAUCAUCUGUGAGAGCAUCACAUCCAUCGCUGUCGGCUGUGUGGCCGCCCGCAGCAAACUGCAGAAGGGGCUGGACAGCUACCAGGAGGACGACCUGACUCUGCUGAGGGAACGUUGGUCGGAGGCCCUCAUGAGGAGGAGGGACUACUUAGAUAAACAGAUUCAACAGAUGAUCAACAAGGAGUACAAGACAGACAAUGAUAAGGAGCGUGAGGGGAGUCUGAUUGACCAGUGGGUGUGUCUGACAGAGGAGAGGAACGCUGUCCUGGUGCCGGCUCCUAACAGUGGCAUUCCUGGGGCUCCUGCAGACUGGUCACCUCCCCAUGGUAUGGAAAUCCACAUUCCUGUCCUGUUCCUGGAUUUAAAUGCUGAUGACAUGAGUACCCCAGGACUACGUGAGGGUCCUCAGGCUGCAGGAGUCAACUCUAUCCUACCCAAGGAACAUGGGACCAAACUCUUCAACCUGCCCAUCAUUAAAUACAUGGAAAAAGAUGAGCUGGAGGUGUGUGCUGUUGCAUCCUGGGAUAGUUCCAUCCAUGACUCCAUCAACCUCAACCGCAUCACACCGUCCAACGAGCGUGUUUACCUCAUCACCAAGGUAACGGUGCGUCUGAGCCACCCAGCCUCCAUGGAGCUGGUCCUGAGGAAGAGGGUCUGUGUCAACAUCUACAAGAAACAGGGCUUCAUGGCUUCUCUCAAGAAAAACCUGGACAUCGGGCAGAAGGACAUGGUGACGGCUUGUGGCAUCACGUAUGAAGUUGUGUCCAACAUACCAAAGGCAUCAGAAGAAAUCGAGGACCGUGAGACACUAGCCAUGAUGGCGGUAUCAGGAGUGGACAAUGAAACAACAGAGGGAGAAUCCUACAUCGAGAAAUACACUAAGGGGGUGUCAGCUGUGGAGAGCAUCUUAGCACUGGACAGGCUUCGUCAGGAAGUGGCAGUGAAGGAAACCCUGGCUGCGAUUGGUCGUCCCCUGAGGAAGGUGGCCAGUGUCCCCAAUAUACAACAGGCUAUGUCUCGUUUGGAGUCCCCAGGAAGCAGGGAUGAGGAAUAUGGAUCGCAUCUGAGAUUGCCCCGAUCAGAGAGCCAUGGGGACAUCAGUUCCUCCCUCCCUCUACAGCUGACAGAGAACCACUCCCUCCCCAACCAGCACUACCUGCACAAAGACAUGUUCAGGAACAGAGUUAAGGAGGGCAGUCGCGAAAGCCUGGGAUCACCUGAUUACCCACUGGGCAGCCCUGUCGGCGUCUUCCCCUUCGGGAGUCCGAAGGCCGCCAGUCCGAUGGCUUCCAAGUUCAGCAAGCCGCUCAGGCCAGUUCUCGAGGAACUGAACAAGGAACUGACACCAUUGCUGGACAAGGAAAAGGAUGACUCACCACAGGAAGAAGAGAAAACACCCCUAGCCACUGAGGAUGGGGCAUUUCGCUUCGCCACUUCCGCUCCCGUCCAAAUACCAACCCCAAAGGACGGCUCGCUUGACGCCCCUCGAAGCGGUCGUUUCAUGGACGAGGAAAUCUCUUUGUCUCCCAUCUUCAUCCGCGUACCGUUCCAAGAACCGAGUCCGCAGGACAAAGCCGCCGACCACGAGAAGAGAAUCUCCCUUCUCCUCGACGAACCAAUCUCAAAUUCACCGAUCAGGAUCCAGGGGCAGAUGGCCCCACGGGAGUCGGCUCCAGCAGCUGGGUUGCCACGGCAACAGGAUACACAUGGCAGCUCGUCUUCGUCAAGCAGCUCCGAUUCGUCGUCGUCAAACUCGACGGAGGAGGGAAGUCUAAGUGAUCCCACCUCUCCCACCAUGUUUCUGAACUUGCAUGCUGACGUACAUUCUCCACCCAAGAAUGCUCAAGGCCAAAGGCAUAUGGAUAAGACAGAUAAUUCUGCUGUAGUGGAGGAAGCACAGUUUGAUGAAGAAGUAGAUGUUAGACAAACCCCUGAUCUUGAUGUCCAUGAUGAUGACUCAGACAGUUCUGACUCCAGCAACUCAACAGAUUCAUUAGAUACGUCGGAUGAUGAGGAUGAAACUGAAACCAUGGCAACUCACUCCAUCAGCAUCCCUGCCUCCUCCUCCUCCUCCCAUCACAACCAGCGGCAACAUGAGGAGGACCAUAGGGAAGAAGAAUUUGCGGAAUUCGAGGCCUACAACCCCACCAAAGACCUGGACAUGUCAUUCGAGGUUCCUGAUCAAGAGGAGAACGCAGCCAGCCCUCCACUUGGGCAAGCAGCAAAGACAGACCUGGUCACGCCAGUGAGUGACGCGUCGGACGAUCUUCAGCGCGGUUCAACCAGAAGUGUGACGUCAAGUGGAUACGGUUCACAAGCAGCCUCCAGUCUAACCCUUGCUGAUGAGGCGAUACUGAAUGAGGGUGUCAACGGACAGAAAGAAACCCCCAUGGAUGAUGCUGCUGUGAAGAUUACUGACGACAAAAGAGACACCUCUGACAGCGACUUUGAGGAAGAUUCACUCAUCCAGGAUGGUGUGUCACAGAGUGAAGUCAGUCCCAGGUUGCAAAGACCAAAUACACUUCCAUUGGAUUCCUCUUGUAAACCUAGUGAGCCAGAGAGAACUGAUCAUGAAUCGAGUCCCACUAUUGCUCACAAUGAUGAAGCGAAAGAGAGAACAUUAGAUGAUGACACGAAUGUUGUCAUCCAGUCAGAUAAUGAGCAGGAAAGAACUGACCAAACUGAGGGAGAAUCUGGUGGACCAGAAAACCAAGGGCUUCAGACACAGACUCCCUCAGACACUCAGGCUAUUGAAGGCAACACAGAAGAAACUGAAAUAGUUGAAACCUUGGAAGACAGCCAAACGGAAGAUAAUGAAAUUGGUGAACCACAACCAUCAGAAGCAGUUCCUCUCAAAGAUGAAAGUUUGGAAUCAUCCGAACCUCUGACUCCGUACCAAUCAGAGCCUGCAGUUGUGGAGGAACAGUUAGUGGAAUUCCAGGAACUGGUUUCCGAGACAAAACUCCAGGAAGGACCCAACAAAGUCCAGGAAGAGCCAACAGAACUUUCCGAGACAGAAAUUCCGGAGGCAGAACUUCCAGAGAUAGAACUUCCAGAGGCAGAUUCCAAAGGACCAAGUGAACCAGAAGAACAACUACUCCUUGAAGACCAGGAAGGGUUUCAGGGGGCCUUGGAAGAAGACAGAAUAGAUGAAGAUGUGGCUCAAGAAGCAGAGUCCACAGAAGAGCCUAAUGAUUUCCAGCAUGACCAAGAAAUUGAUACCCACGAAACAUCAAACGUUGUCAAUGAUGCUCAUCCUCCAAUUUGUUCAGAAGGCCCAGAGCAAUCUGAAGAGUCUACUGAAUCCAGCAAUGAUGCAUUGAACGUCACCGAAACUGCAGCUCGAGCUGCAAAAGACGAGCUCACUGAGCAAACACUGUGUAAGGUAGACAGUGGCUACUACUCCCCAACAAACACUCUCACCAGGGGGAAGACUAAAGAAGAGGAUGACGUCACACCUACAGGAGAAGAGACUUUCUUUACGGAGGAGAUAGACUCAAGCAUAUCAAACCAACAGGUGCCUUCGUCUGAAACUGAUGAUGGGGAGAAGACUCCAACAUUAGAGUCUGUUACCCAACAUAUCGAAAACUCCGGUCCAAGUACAGCUAGUGCGCAGGAUAGCCAUGAGGCUGAAGAUGUUGAUGAAGAAACAAAUCCUCCUGCUGAUGCUUUAUCAGAAGAACAAAGGAUAGAAGACAUUCCAAAGGCUUUGGAACCUCCUCAGUUAGUCCUACCGGAAAAUGGCAAAGAGCUCGCAGAUAGGACCGAAAACGCUGAAGGGGACUCAAACACAGGCCUUCUAAACGCUGCAGGGACGAGCACACCAGACAACAUGUCAGACAUAGACGACAAUUUGAGCGUCUGUUCGGGUGACAGUAGACCCGACAGCAGGAGAGGGUCUGUUAUAGAGGUACCGACGUGGUUGGGUGUUGGUGAAUACGUGUCCGUUGGGAGAGACAAACACGGUGUGGUGAAGUUCGUAGGCGAGACAGAGUUUGCGUCUGGGCCGUGGGUUGGCGUUGAGCUGGAUCUUGAUACUGGGAGGAACGAUGGUGAGGUGAAAGGUGUGCGGUACUUCAAGUGCCGUCCCAACUACGGCAUCUUCGUACGGCCAGACAAAGUCACCCAGGCCUCCAGAAGACGGUCCACAAGAAGUCGCCCGAGUCCCGGCUCCACCAAGCCCUUACCGAAGGGGGGAACAAGUCCUGCGCAAAAGUCAUCUUCACAGAGAGUCUCCGGUAGUAAUACUCUCCCCAGGACGAAACGGAAAGAGAAGACAAACUCUUAGAUGUUUGUUGUUGGUAGUUAUAAGUUUGGUGCACUGUACAUAGCAGUAACCCCUGCUAUAUCCAGGAAUAUCACACUUUCCUACUCCAAGGUGCUCAUCCCCCCUCCCAAAUAAUGCUGCAUGGAUGGAUGCUCCUGUAAAUGCUGUGCAUUGAAAAGCACCAUUAAUACCAAGAAAGUGGUAUUUAUACCGUAAAUGUAUAUGAGUAAGUUUACAAAAGCAUGGGACAAUUUGUUCCCGCCAUGUAACUCAUAUACGCAAGGCCUAUUUCACUUUUUCAUCAAAAGUUUUCCAUGGAGUUAGAUUUUCUCAAAGUAGGCUUUCAUGUAACAUUGGUAUGAUCUUAGAAGUCCUUUUAUAAAACAUCAUAGGAUCUGAUCUUCAGUGUCGUUUAUAAGAAAAGUGGCUCCAAAUGGCCAAGACUUAGGGACCGAGAGUCACAGGUUCGAUUCCUGUCCUAGCGAAGGGCACUUACAUGUAACACAGCUUUUGUCACUCACCCAGCUGUAGAAAUGAGUUCCUGACUUCAGUUAGGGAGGUAAAAGGUGGUGGAAGGAGAGGGAUGGGUUCCACCUUCCAAUACCAUGCCCUAACUUCUGUGGACAAGAACCCACAGCACUACCAACUGAAAAGGCUAUAGGACUAACUUAACAUAUCUUCUAACAAGAAAAAAAAACAUCGAUAGCUUCAAAUAAUCAUCCCAAUGAAUUUUACUCUAUCAGACAUUCAGAACUAAUUAUGAGAGUAUUACAAUUACUUAAUUUUGUUUUCGUAUUGUUGUGUAUGAUAAGAAGUGAGGGUGAUUUUUAGAAUGAGUUGGGCUUGAAAAUGUGUGGUUUUGGGCUGUAUAUAGUACAAGAAAUCGCUUGGUAGAGGGUUUGAACGUGUUUGCAUGGAGUUGUUAAAUGGUGUAAUGGUGUUUCCGACGGCCUAUGUACUGUACAAAAAUGUAUGUUUGAUAAUUUUGCCAAUUUGUAAAUAAUGGCUGGACAUAGAGGAUAUGCUGUAAAAAGCACUUAUUUAACCCAGAUGCUAUACAGUAUAUAGGUUCGUUUAUGUAGCCUUGCGUUUGUCAUCUUACCAUGAUUUUAUAGACUAUUUAGUAGUACGUUUUAAAAUACUUAGCAGGCAAGACGUGUCAUUUUAGCCACUGCCGUUUAAUUCUACGCAGAACAACAUUUUAUUCAAUGUUUACCAUACAUAUGGUGUAGAGAUUUUGAUGAUGACAAAUAGAAUGUUUGAAUCAUUGAA